AGUUUUGGUUGAGGAAAACUAUAGUCAUCUUAAAGCUAUCGUCAUCUCAGCUAUCAUCAAUCUCAAUGGAAUCCGAUAUGUUAUUUAUUCUUGACAAUUUGGUGCGAAAGAUCCUAGGAUUUAUCUAUUCAAUAUAGAUAUAAAGUAAUUAUGCUAACAGGAGCGAGGAGCGAGAAUGAAAGGUAGAAUACGAACAAAGGAAACAAUUGCAGUUGUGUCUGAUGAGAAACAAGAGCAAGGAGUAAGAAGCUAGAAGCAAGAAGUGAGAGGGAGAAGCAAGAGGAAGAAUUCAAACAAAUUGUGUCCGAAGAUGAAAAAGAGGAAGGAGCAAGAAGCAAGAGUCAAACGUGAGAAGCGGGAGCAAAAGUCAGACUCUUGGAGCGUUUUGAGGUCAAAUGGAUACUUUCACAUUAACUAGUAUCAACAAAAAAUCAGAUCAUUUUUCAUUCGUUUUUUUAACAUUAGGCCAAAUUUCAAUUGGGUUGAUCAUCCAUACAAAUUCUCCUAUUUAUUAGGGUGUUACUAAAGUAGCCUAGAGUUUGAUGUUUUAGCAAUCAAAACAUUGUCCAAAAAAGAUCUAUAUGUGAAAGGUCUUCUAUCUCUACAAUUUUUAACAACAUUUGUUAAAAUCAUCCCUCCAAAAGCUUCCUCUUCCUCUUCCUCUUGCUCUUGCAGAUCCAUAUCCAAAACUCCAUUAAAAUCUCACAUUCACAACCUAGUAAGACUUCAAUGCAAAGGUUUCAUUUCUUCAAUUGAAACUGCAAAAUCAUCAUAAAACCAAUGUUUACACUCUUCACCAUUCUCUAAAUCUUCUAAUUUUCUUUCUUUCUAUAUCUCUUCAACCACAAAACAGAGCUUCAACAACAAGAACAAUAACAAAAACAAGAACAAGAAGAAACUCCAAAUCAAUUUCCCUUUCUUCCACGAAAACUUGUUUUCAGUCUAAUCUGCAAACAAAAUCCAAUUUACGAUAAGGAAUAACUUUCCAAUCACUUCUCUUUCUCCCCCUUUUCCUAUAAAAUCCCCUGUUUCUUCCUUUCUCAAUUUAUCCAUACCUUCAAUUCGUGUAGAAGAUUAUGUCGAUGCCUCAAAACCCUCGAUCUCGAAUCGUCAUCAAUGGCGGUGUUCCCAGGACGACGACGAUGCAUUACUACUGGUGCCGAAUUUGUCGAAGAAUCAUCAGAAUUAGCUUAGGAAACCCUGUAGAAAAUUCUAUUACUUGCCCCUUUUGCUCCAGAAACCUCCGUCAUGAAUUGGACGUAGCUAGGGCUAGAAAUUUUCCUCGUCUCCCCAGUUUCGCUACCGGAAAUCGCACGAUUUCCCCUCCGAUUAUCCCUCGAUUCGAAGAAACGGAUGAGUCUUGGAUCACGCUCCGAUUCUCCAGACCACCGGCCAAUUCCGGGAUUGAGGCGAUUCCGAGGGUGAAAAUUACGGGGAACCAUUUGGAGAAGGAUUUGAAUUGUGCGAUUUGUAAAGAGGAAUUUGAAAUGGGAGGGGAAGUAAGGGAGUUGCCUUGCAAGCAUUUUUACCAUUCGGAUUGUGUUGUUCCUUGGUUGAGAAUUCAUAAUACUUGCCCUGUUUGUCGGCAUACGGUGGAGAAUAUCGCUGCCGGUGACGACGAGGGGAGUGGGAACGGUAUCAAUGGCGGAAGGGGUGAGGAAAUCAGGGAAGAAGAAGAAGGAGGAGGAGAGGGAAGAGGGAAUGGAUGGUGGGAUUUGGUGUGUUGUUGGUGGCCAUUCCGUUUUAUCGGCGAUUGGGCUCGCCGUCUCCGGUUUGCUGAUUCCGGUGAUAGUUUCUUCGUCGUUGAACCAGGUUCAUGGAUGUACUCUUGGCUUGCUAAUUAACCCACACCCAGGUAAUAUCUACUCAAUAUUUCUUAACCAAUUGAAUUAUGUUCAUAAUUCAGAUUAAUAUUCGUACGAAAUAUUAAUUACUUUAAUGAAAGUCA